UGGUCCCCGAAAUAAUCCAAGCUCUCGGGGCCCAGCUCUCUUUCUCCCAAACCAUGGUUAGAAACACACCAUCGAUUCGAGUUUAGCUUCUUCGCUUCAGGUUAAUCUCCAGAUCCGCUCAGUCCACUUCUUCGAAUUUUGAUGAACCAAAAAAGCUAGAAGAAAAAUUCUUUCAAAUCCGACUCAAAAAUUCGUGUUGGAUUGGAUUUGUUUGGUUUGAUUUGAUUCUGGAUCAGCUCGAAGAAUCUGUGAAAAUUUUGAGGAUCCAAAUCUUAGAGAAAUAAUCGCGUCGUCUUCGUCGCUAAAAAGAGCGAAAUUGGAGAAGAAGAAAGAGAAAAUGGAGACUCAGAGGAUCAUAGAGUUUCCGCACAAAAACAUGGAUAAGCGCCCAAGGAAGAGACCGCGUUUGACUUGGGACAUGCCUCCUCCUCUUCCUCCUCCAAAGGUAAUUCCAGGGAUGUACUGUGGGCAGGAGUUUGGGGGGGCGGCGGCAAUGCCUAAUUAUGGGUAUGCUUCAUCUAUGUUUUACAGGGGAGUGCCUCCAAAUGGCUCCCCUCCUUGGAGACCGGACGAUAAAGAUGGUCAUUUUGUUUUCGUGGUUGGAGAAACUUUAACUCCUCGAUACAGGAUUAUUGGCAAAAUGGGUGAAGGGACAUUUGGGCAAGUCUUGGAAUGCGUCGAUAAUGAAAAGAAAGAAGUUGUGGCUAUCAAAGUUGUCCGUUCCAUACACAAAUAUCGAGAAGCAGCUAUGAUUGAAAUUGAUGUCUUACAGAGGCUCGCUAGACACGAUGUUGGUGGCACCCGUUGUGUGCAAAUACGGAAUUGGUUUGACUAUCGUAAUCAUAUUUGUAUUGUAUUUGAGAGGCUUGGACCAAGCUUAUACGAUUUUCUUCGCAAAAACAGCUACCGUUCAUUUCCCAUUGAUCUUGUUCGGGAGCUGGGCAGACAACUUUUGGAGUCUGUAGCAUUUAUGCAUGAAUUGCGCCUGAUUCACACUGAUUUGAAGCCAGAAAACAUUCUUCUUGUUUCCUCUGAGUAUGUCAAAGUGCCAGAUUAUAAGUUUCUAUCACGGUCAACAAAAGAUGGUUCGUAUUUCAAGAAUCUUCCCAAGUCAAGCACAAUUAAACUCAUUGACUUUGGAAGUACUACAUUUGAACAUCAGGAUCACAGUUAUGUAGUGUCAACUCGUCAUUAUCGUGCACCAGAGGUUAUAUUGGGUCUUGGAUGGAACUAUCCUUGCGAUUUAUGGAGUGUGGGUUGCAUACUUGUUGAACUUUGCUCUGGAGAGGCACUUUUUCAAACACACGAAAACUUGGAACAUCUUGCCAUGAUGGAGAGGGUUUUGGGUCCAAUACCCCAACAUAUGGUGCUUAGAGCUGACCGUCGUUCUGAGAAAUACUUCAGGAGUGGUGCACGAUUAGAUUGGCCUGAUGGUGCAACAUCAAGGGAAAGCAUGAGGGCAGUUUGGAAAUUGCCCCGCCUGCCGAACCUAAUAAUGCAGCAUGUUGAUCACUCUGCUGGCGAUUUGAUUGAUCUCUUGCAAGGGCUCCUACGUUAUGACCCAGCAGAUCGUCUGAAGGCAAGAGAAGCACUUGGACAUCCCUUCUUUACUAGAGAUCCAAGGAGAUGUGCGUACCCCUUGUAAUUGGAAGUCCUCAUUCAUGUUAAGUUGAGCAUGAGCCAUAAUUGAAUGUGGAUCGACGACCUGGAAUGGCUCUGCAGAGGAGAGGCUUCAUUUCAUAUUAUCAAUGUUGAAUGAAUCAGCUAAGUAAAUGCUAUUCUCCUUUACCUUUGAGAGUAUAACCUGGUUCCUUUUGAAAAAGGGUGGGAGGCCACAUAUGCAUCUCUCUUGUUUGGUUGAUGAGAGAAAAUGAAGGGCAAAGAAAAUGGAGUGAUUUUCCAUCUCUUAUGUAAUAGGGACAUGAUAGAAUAUUCAAAUAAACUACCUUUUCUAUGCUUUCAUUAUUUUUCUCUUCUCAACCAAAUAAAGGAAAUUUAUAUUUAUUUAUCAUCA